AUGCGGCCCGUCGCCACCCUACGCGGCCCGUCGCCGCCCUUGCGCCGCCCGUACCGGCCCGUCGCCGCCCGUCCCGGCCCGUCGCCGCCCGUGCGCUGCCCGUCCCGGCCCGUCGCCGCCCGUCCCGGCUCGUCGCCGCCCGUGCGCCGCCUGUCCCGGCCCGUCGCCGCCCGUACCAGCCCGUCGCCGCCCUUCGUGGCGUCGCGUGCCGCCCGUACGACGCGCCGCCGUCCGCUGCGGCCCCGUCGCCGCCCGUACCGGCCCGUCGCCGCCCGUACCGGCCCGUCGCCGCCCGUCCCGGCCCGUCGCCGCCCGUGCGCUGUCCGUCCCGGCCCGUCGCCGCCCGUCCCGGCUCGUAGCCGCCCGUGCACCGCUCGUCCCGGCCCCGCGCAGCUGCCCCGGCCCGUCGCCGCCAUGCGGUACCCGCCCCGGCCCCAUGCCGCCUGUCCCGGCUCUUCGCCGCCCGUGCGCCGCCUGUCCCGGCCCGACACCGUCCUUUGCGGCGUCACGUGCCGCCCCUCCCCGCGGCUCUGCCGCCUUACCUUCGGCCCCGAUGCCAUCUGCGGCCCCGCCCACUUGCGGCCCCGACCCCGCCCCGGCCAUGCCCUGUCACCAGCCGCGGCACACCGGGGGCACGUGCACUGCCCCCCCUCCUUUUCCCGUCACCUGUCGAGGCGACCUGAGGGGGCCGCCUGGAAGGCGUGGGCAGGCGUCGCCCCCUCUGCCGCCUGCUUUGGCGCCCGGGGAGGCCGCAGUUAA